AGCCCAUAAAUGGCUAGCCCAUUCAGCUCACGAGAGAAACAACAAAAGCCGCGGCCUCCCUCGGUCAGGUCAGCCUCCCCCGCAUCCCACCCUCUCGCAGUCGCAGAUCCCCACCCUCUCCGCCGCCGGCCACCGCGUCGCGACCCUCGACCGCCAGGAUGACAGAAGCACCAUUUCUGCCGCGUGAGAGGCUCUUCAAGCAGCAGAAUUACUUCCAGAACUUGACCAAGCACACCUACCUGAAAGGGCGCUACGAUGUGAUCACCUCUGUUGCCAUCCCCCUUGCACUUGCUGCCUCCAGCAUGUUCAUGAUUGGUCGUGGAGUUUACAACAUGUCUCACGGGAUUGGGAAAAAGGAGUGAACUUCCGCAGGUUAACUAGUAUCUCUAAUUGGGCAUGGAAGUAAUACCAUCCAGGCUAUGAACUCUUCUUUGAUUGCAAAAUAAUACUGUCAAAGAACAAUUCAACUACAUUUCCGCUUCAUUUUCUGUUUGUAUUUGUGGAUAUAUACUGCCAGCUACUUGAAGGUCAGCGUUAUCGCUGUUUCAGUUAAUUGCACCAUUCCUUUCCUCCUUUGUGUUUCA